GGUAUAUAUAUUAUAAAGUGGAUAGUAACCAGAGAAAAGCCGUUUUGUGCGCGUAUUUUGGACUUUGGAGUGCGAAAAAGGCCGUAUUUCUCUCACUACUCACUCCCUCUGAUCUCAUCUCAAUCUCUUUCUCUCUCUCUCCGAACAAAUUUUCUCACUUCUUCACAGCUCGGAGAUGGAGGCCAACGAAUUCGACCACGACGAGAAGUGUUGAUGCGAACGAAGCUCUUUUCUUCUUUCAGUAAAGCGACGCGAGUUUGCAAGUUGGAAAGGCUUGUGAUUAUAAUUUGCAUUUUCAAGAAGGAUCAUCGUUUCGCAGGGAUAAAGGAAAAUAAUCUGAUUAUUCCGAGUUGCUAUUCCUAUAAGUUCAUGGAAAUUUUACUUCAUUUGGUCCAGGAAAGAAAGCUCGCGGCAUUUACUUACUCUUUUGAACCGAUUACAAAGUCUUGUUAGCUUAAGCAGUGUAGUCAUAGUAGACCAAGGAGAGAGGUUUCAGCCAUGGUGUUUUUGUUGCUUGGUUCGAAGGGGCCACCUAUUAAACGGAGAGCGGGACUACGGAUUAAACAGGCAGGGAGAGGCUCAUAUAGGGGUAGUUAGAGAAGGUUUUCUGUUUGCAAUUUGGGCUUUGAUUUUUUGUUUGUAACUACGAAUUUGUGAGUUUGUGACCUCAAAAGUUAGCGAAUGGGAACUCAUCAUCCUUUGAGGCAGUUUCUGAUGAGCCUUUGUGAUUAUUCGCUCUGGAAAUAUGCUGUUUUCUGGAAACUCAAUCACCAGAAUCCUCUGAUUUUGACUUGGGAGGAUGGGUACUGUGAUACAACAAAACCAGCAGGAAGGAACUCAGAUGACAGUUAUUCCAAUGAAACAGAGGCAUUAUCGUUUUCAGGCUGUGAAAUGACCACGCGUGAUAGUGGAUUUGGGGGAUGUCCAAUUGAACUUGCAGUGGCUAAUUUAUCAUGUCUUCAGUAUGCCUUAGGCGAAGGAUUGGUUGGUGAGGUGGCGUACACAGGGAACCAUGCUUGGGUUUUCUUCAACAAUUUCUCUACCAGAUAUUUCUACAGCAAGUUAGUUCCUGAUUGGACAGAUGAAUGGCUUCUCCAGAUUUCAUUGGGUGUGAAGACAGUCUUGCUUGUACCUGUCCCUGAUGGGGUAUUGCAACUUGGCUCAUUGGAAAUGAUUGCUGAAGAGAUGGCAGUAGUUGAUCUAAUCAAGUAUAGGUUUGAUGCUUUUCAUACCAUGAUGGACGAGAAUUUUCCUUGUAUGUCAACACGGGAUAUUCAGGAUCAAUCAUCAUUAUCACCAUUGUCUGGUCCAAUGGAGAACACAAGUGAGAGUACAAGUCUUAUCAUUAGCCAACUGAAAGCUGAGAAAGUGGACAAUUUUGACGAAAUGAGAAUGAAGAAAUACAGUUUGUCUGCUUCAAAUCAGUAUGGGCCCAUGCAAACUGUUCAGCAUAUGCCUAUUAGAGGAACAGAUGUUAUCGAAACUACAACUGAAGAUGGGAUCCAUUUUCCCGAAGACUCAACUUUUCCUUGUCAAACUAUCAAUGCAAACAAUUUGGAUAUGAUGGACACUAAGAUGUUUGGAUUGUCCUGUCUAGAAGAAGAACUACUGGCUUAUUCUUUAUCUAGUGGUGACCAUGUGGAGGAGCUCUUUGGAAAAUCCUUUAGCGGACUUAAUUCAGUCUAUGAUGGAGACAUGGCAGCACCAUUAUUUGGAGACAAUAAUAUUUAUGAUGGAACUUACGAAGACAUGAACAGUUUCUUCAGAUUUUCUGAAGAUUAUGGACUACACAAUGCAAUUCCACCAACUAGUCGUAAAAGAACUAAUGAGCAUUUGUGGGACACAUCUGUAUUGAGUGAGGAUCCAUGCAUUAACAACUCAAGCAUGCUCUACAAUAAAGAUCUCAUGGACAUCAUUGAACCUUCAUGGUUCACUGGAGUAAGUGAUGCCGGACAAAUGUUGGAAGCUGUUGCAACCGAAUUAUGUACCUUCUCAGAUGAUGCUUUGUCUAGUCCAUCUGACAGUGUACGCUCAUGUACAACAAAACAGUCCUCUGCUUUUCUUCACCCACAAGCACGAUCAAAUGUAGAUUCUCGGACGAGCAAUCUUUCAAUGCAACAGAACCUUACCACACCUGCGUUUCUUGCCAAGGUUGAUAGUUCAACUUCUCUCAAUGGGACGACCAGCACAUUGACCGAAGAAGGUCAGCAAGAUAAAGUUCGUGUUCAAUCUGGUAAGGGAAAAAGGUCUACUAAUUUCAAAACUAACCGUGCAAGAAGUGGUAACAACCAAAAGCCAAGGCCGAGGGACAGACAACUGAUCCAGGAUCGGGUGAAGGAACUGCGGGAACUCGUCCCAAACGGUUCUAAGUGUAGCAUUGAUGGCCUUUUAGAUCGUACCGUAAAGCAUAUGCUGUAUCUAAGAAGUGUGACCGACCAAGCAGAGAAAUUGAAGGGCUCUCCACAUCAGGAGGUGGUCAGUGACCAAAACCGUAAAUUACACAAUAAGAGCGAGGGCACACAAAAUGGUACAAGCUGGGGUUUUGAAUUAGGAAACGAGCUCCAAGCUUGUCCCAUAGUCGUGAAAGAUCUUGAUAAGCAAGGGCAAAUGCUCAUUGAGGUACUGUGUGAUGACCACGGCCUUUUUCUGGAGAUCACUCAACUGAUCAAGCGGUUAGAUUUGACUAUCUUGAAGGGUGUGAUGGAAAAUCACUUAGGGGACUCGUACGCUCAUUUUGUUGUUGAGACUACCAAGGGUUUCCACAGAAUGGAGGUAUUUUUACCUUUGUUGCAUCUUCUACAGCAUGCAAGAAAUCGCAUCUCGAGCAAGAUUUGAUCCAUCAGAAGGGUACACGAGUCCGAAUUCGAAUCGAGGUUAAGCAUAAGGAGAGGCGAGAGAGUACACGACCCCGCUCGCUGCUACACUCUUCUUUAGCUGUACUUUUAUAUGUUUUGUGAGCAAAUCAGAGCAUAUGCAGUGUGCCAUUUGAAUGAGAGAAGGAUUAAAAAAAAAAACAAGAACUAAGCUUUUCUGAGAAGAAUAAUUAGUAUGUACAAUAUUGUUACACAAGUCCAAAUGUGUGCGAGAAAGAGAGAGAGAGAGAGAUGACAAACCAAUCUGAGUAUUGUGUCUUCUAAUUCUAGCAAAACUGUCCAGUCGCGUCAUUUGUUUUUUUUUUUUUCUCUUUAGCAUAAUCAGCUGUAGCUCAGUUGGGUGUUUCAGCCAGCAUCAAGGUGUGCCACCAACCGCAUGCAAUGUUCCUCGGCACAACACCGGAGAUUCUGGUGACUUGCGAUGGGGUUCCCCGGUCUACUGAAUCGCCCAGGCCAAGCUACAUCCAAAUAGAAUGACAUAGCUUUUUAGAAGUGAUCGAACUCGUAGUAGUUUGGUCUCUCGGUAAAACCAGAGAUCUCAAAAGUAAUAGUUUGGUCUCUCUCGGAUAAAAUCAAUAUGAAAAAACCUUCAUGUUAGAUUUUGAUCACACUCCUUGUUAUGACUUUAUGUUUGCCUUUUUAAAGUUUGGUGUGCCAAAAAAUGAGUAAUCAAAUGUAGGACUAUUUGCAAUUUCCUCUUA